AUGUACACCAUCGAAGGCACUAUCCUUUCACCCGAUAGGAAACUCAAUCUGCCCAAGUCAUGGCUGCGGGACAUAACAGUUUCGGUAAAUAAUGGAGAGUUCAAGGGAUUCGUGCGAUUGGAUAGACGCUUCUCGAUGUCUGGAGUGCCCAAUGGGAGUCACAUCUUGCAGGCUGAGCACCCGGACAUCUACUUCCAGCCCGUGGAGGUGGAGAUAACCGGCAAGGGAAAGUACCGGGCUCGCAAGGUGAACUACAUCCAGCCAUCGCUGAUCAAUCAAAAGCCAUAUUCCCUGCGCCUACGGCCCCUCGAUCGUCGAAAAUACCUCAAGAGUCGGGAGCAAUGGCGCCUCAUCGAGCUCAUUCUGAAUCCCAUGGUUCUGGUCAUGGUGGUGCCACUUUUACUCAUGCUAGUUGUCCUAAAGAUUAUCAGGGAUACGGAGUCCAAAAAGGAGUUGGAUAGCCUUCGGCUGCCAAAAAUGAACCCCGUGCCGAUCUGA